AUGAAUUAUAGUACAAUGGGAAGUUCAGUCCCUUUGGACCCUCUUUUCAAAGUUCCACCCAUCGAUAGUCUAAUGAAUUUCGAUAUCGAUUCUUUGAUGAAUAUGCCAAAUACCAACUUUGAAUAUGCUCCCACCAUGCCCUAUUCCAUUGACCUCACAGAAUCCGAUAUCCAAGAAUACACCAUCAACAAGGGUAUUCCACUCGUACUCUCCAAUUCCAUGUCCAAUUGGUCAAAAGAUGUUUUUUCGCUGGAUUUCCUUCAAGCAAAUUAUAGUGAUCAAAAGAUGAUCAAUUCACCAAGAAAUAAUGAGACACAUAGUGAUUUGGAAGGUUGGACAGUUGGACAAUACAUAAAUUAUUUACAAAUAUCACCAGAGGAGAGAAACCCAAAGUAUCUCUAUGCCAAAGAUGUGUUGUGUCCAAAAGAGUGGGCCGACCAACAAAAGAAAUUGUCUAAAAAGCGACCUUGUAUUGAUCCCGCCCGAGUCGGUUCACCAAGUCAUGAAUGUUGGUGGUGUGACGGUCAAGAUGGCGUGGAACACCAUCAGCACUGCGUCACUACCCGUGGCGUACAAGUCUGCUCUGCCACUGGCACGCAAGUUUGGUAA